AUGGGUUCAUCGAAUGGCGGAGUGCCUCCGGGGUUCCGGUUCCAUCCAACGGACGAGGAGCUUCUCCACUACUACUUGAAGAAGAAGGUUUCAUUUCAGAAGUUUGACAUGGAGGUCAUCAGAGAAGUGGACUUGAACAAGAUGGAACCUUGGGAGUUGCAAGAGAGAUGUAGGAUUGGAUCAACUCCGCAGAACGAGUGGUACUUUUUCAGUCACAAGGACAGGAAGUAUCCAACGGGGUCAAGGACGAAUAGGGCAACCAAUGCAGGGUUUUGGAAAGCAACGGGAAGGGACAAGUGCAUUAGGAACACCUACAGGAAGAUCGGUAUGAGGAAAACCCUUGUUUUCUACAGAGGAAGAGCUCCCCAUGGCCAAAAGACUGACUGGAUCAUGCAUGAAUACAGACUUGAAGACGGCGACGAUCCCCAAGGAAACACCUCUGAGGAUGGGUGGGUGGUGUGUAGGGUGUUCAAGAAGAAGAAUCUAUUCAAGGUUGGGAACAAUGGAGGGUCAAGCAUUAACUCAUCAGAUCAACAACUCAACACUUCAAGCAGCAGUCAGCCUCGCUCUUUCAUGCACAGAUCAAGCGACCAAUACCUAGUGCGUCACCAACACCACAACUUUGAAUUAAACAAGGCUGAGCUAGCCCGUCACUAUCCUCACAUGCAAACCCCUCAAUAUUCUCUUUUCCAACCCCAAACCCUUGUUCAACCCCACAAACCUCUCAACUAUGAGUUUGCGGCAGCACCUGCCUCUCUCCCUCCGGACCCUCCCGUAAUGAUUAAGCAACUCAUGUCUAGGGAUUGUGAGAGUGGCAGUGAAAGUCUUAGGUACCAAGCUUGUGAGCCUGGUCUAGAGGUUGGGACGUGUGAACCAAGUCAACCAAUGGGCGUUCCUGGAAGAGAUGAGGGGAUGAAUGAAUGGAGUAUGCUUGAUCGGCUGGUGAGUGCAUCUCAUAUGGGACAUGAAGAUUCUUCCAAAGGGGUGAGGUUUGAGGAGACAAAUGCAACAGCAGUGCACCCAAUGAACCAGCUUUCAUUGCGAGGAGAGAUGGAUUUUUGGGGCUAUGGGAAAUAGUUUGUGAUUUUUGUGGUCUUAGAGAGCUAAAUUGGCUCUCAUCAUAUAUUCGUUUCCAGGAGAAAAAAAAAGAAAAGAACUACU